AUGGGUGCACACUCCGCAGUUUGGCAAGGCUAUGUCGACUCGAGCCUGAUGGGCUCCGGCCAAUUCGACAAGGCCGGUAUUCUCGCCGUGGACUUCUCAGGACUUGAGGCCAAGUCCGCUGGCUUUGAGCUCUCCCAGGAAGACAUCAACUCCUUGGCUGCUGCCUUCACAAACCCCGACAACGCUUUCACCACAGGUUUCUCCAUCGGUGGUGAGAAGUUCGUCACCAUCAAGGCCGACCCUCGCUCUCUAUACGGCAAGAAGGGUAAGGAGGGCGCCAUUGUUGUCCGUGCCUCCUCUUGUACUAUGAUCGCCCACCACGGCGAGUCCGUUCAGACUACCAACGCUGCUACCGUUGUCGAGAACCUCGUGGACUACCUUAACGGUGGUAAAUAA